GGCCCCCUAACCCCUACCGCUAACCCCUAGUCCUGCUUCAGGCGGCCUCGGGCGGGGGUCGGCGCUUCCCCUCGCCCGGAAAAGCCGGCCGGGAACAAGAGAGAGCAGCGGCCGCUCUCUUCCUUUUGCGGUGAAGCCCCGCCCGACGCCCCAGUUAAUUACCUUGAUUUGGUAGAGUGGGAAACCCCUUCGGCUUUGAAAUGGUUUGGAGAGGCUGUUUUGGGACUGGAUCCUAUUCCGUGAGGAGCGAGCGCAGUCCUGCCUGUUGUAUCUGGCAUUUUGUUCCAAACAUCACUUUUGGCCAUCCUGUGGUAGAGAGCCUUCGGAAGCAGCUGGGUCAGCAGCCCUUCUUUGAUAUGCACAUGAUGGUUGCUAAACCAGAACAAUGGGUGAAACCCAUGGCUGUAGCAGGUGCAAAUCAAUAUACUUUUCACAUAGAAGCGACAGACAAUCCAGGGGCUCUUAUUAAAGAUAUAAGAGAAAAUGGAAUGAAGGUUGGUUUGGCUAUCAAGCCAGGAACUACUGUAGAAUAUUUAGCACCAUGGGCCAACCAAAUAGACAUGGCAUUAGUUAUGACAGUGGAACCUGGAUUUGGUGGACAGAAAUUCAUGGAAGAUAUGAUGCCAAAGGUCCAUUGGUUGAGAACUCAGUUUCCUUCUUUGGAUAUUGAAGUAGAUGGUGGCGUAGGGCCAGACACUAUUCAUAAAUGUGCAGAGGCAGGGGCAAAUAUGAUUGUGGCCGGGAGUGCUAUAAUGAAGAGUGAUGAUCCUAGAGCUGUGAUAAAUCUGCUGAGAAACGUGUGUUGUGAAGCCGCUCAAAAGCGUUCUCUUGAUCGAUGAAAUCAAGAAUGUUAAAAAAGGUUGCAUACCACUUUCCUAUAUACAUGCAAAUGGAAUAACCAUUGAGGCAUUAUUAGGACUGCAGCACUGAAGAGUCAUUCCUCUAUUACCAAGAAGGAAGCAGAAACGAGAUUUUCCUGCUGACUUGGGAGUUAUAUUAAUCGAAUACUAUCCCUUGACUUCAGACAGCAGUUUUGUAAUACACAUUACAAAAAAUGGUGCUUCUUGCCUGAUGAUUCUAUGCAGCACUGUUUUCCAUAGAAGACAAAUGUAUUUCAUUCUACAUUCAACACAAAUUGGUCCAUUCCUUGUUCAAAUGCUUGAAAAUAAACAGUUAAGGUACAAAAACCCUCCCAAUCAUUGUAAGACUGUCCAUUCUCAGGUCCAAUUAUGUAGGGGCACAGAGGGAAGAACAAAAGGGAGGCAGAGAAAAGAUAGGAAUACUGCUUGGAAAUUUUAGUGUGGAAAUUAUCGUAUAAAAACUUCUAAGUACAGAGUGUCAUUUUGCAGUGGACUGCUGAUUGCUGUUUAAACUUAAAGCUGUCUUCUGUUGAAUUUCAGGUACUUGUACAGAAACAUACAAUAUCAUAUCAAUUGUUAUAUAUAUGUUUUCCAGAUGGUGCCUUUCGGAAACAAUUUUAUAAUGCAACUAAUUUUAAAAAAAUAUACUAUUCUGUCAUCUGAUGGUAGUAUAUGUAGAGUGUCUUUUGAAUGAAAACAGCCCUUUUUCUCCUAAACAGAAAACUGGCCACGGCUCAGGAAGAGGUAUUAUUUCAUUCUAUGAGAAUUGCUGAUUUGAUCAUAAAAAUAAAAGUUCUGCCAUACCAUAAAA